AUGCACGGGCAUGGCGAGGAGGGGCUGAUUGUGGGAGUGUACGUCAACGACCUCAUAAUCUCUAGAGGGGACAUGGAAGUUCUUGGAAGAUUCAAGAGGGAGAUGUCAAAGAACUUCAAGAUGAGCGAUCUCGGUGUGCUUAGUGUCACAAUCUGCAAUAUGAUUGUGAUUCGAAUCACGACGCCGCACGAUCAAGAAGGCAGGACCGUGACACUUAGCUGUUACCUCAACAUUGAAGUACAACAGAGUACUGCCAGGAUCACCAUUUGCCAAAGUGCGUAUGCGAAGAAGCUGCUGGACACAGCUGGGCUAGCGGACAGUAACCCUUCAAGGACACCAAUGGAGGCCCGACUCCAGUUAAGGAAGGCCGACACUACGACGGCAGUGGAGGCCACCAAUUACCACAACAUUGUCAGGAUCCUGCGCUAUCUGGUAAACAUACGCCCUGAUCUUGCUUAUUCCGUUGGAUACAUCUGGGGCUUAUCAAGAUUGGCUUCAUCUGAACAGAGGAACAACUUGGAGACAUUUUCACUAAGUCCCUGCUCCAAGCCCUCACCACCACACCAUGGCCACCAUAAUGUGGCUGCUCCAAGCCCUCACCAUCACCAUCACCACCACCACAGUCCUACGCAGUCCAAGUUCAAUGUCAUCGAAUCUGCUGAAUCUCAUGAAAGCCUAGCUCCUGCACCAACUCACCACGACAGCCACCACAAAGCAGCCGCUCCAGGCCCACAUCAUCACCACCGCCACCACCACCAUCACCACCAUGCGCCUGCGCAGUCCAAGUUCAAUGUCAUCGAAUCUGCCGAAUCUCAUGGCAACCCUGUUGUUGCACCAACUCAUCAUGACAGUCACGGUGCAUCAAGCCCUCACCACCACCGCCAUGGCCACCAUCAUGUAGCUGCUCCAAGCCCUCACCACCACCACCACCACCACCAUGGCCACCAUCAUGUGGCUGCUCCAAGCCCCCACCACCACCUGCCUACGCAGUCCAAGUUCAAUGUCAUCGAAUCUGUUGAAUCUCACGGCAACCCUGUUGUUGCACCAACUCAUCAUGGCAGUCACCACCAAGUAGCUGCAUCAAGCCCUCACCACCACCACCACCACGGCCACCAUCAUGUAGCUGCUCCAAGCCACCCCCACCACCCCCACCACCCCCACCACGCCCACCACAAAGAAGGUGCCCCAAGCCCUCACCACCACCACGCCCACCACAAAGUAGCUGCCACCAUAUAGUCUUAGAAGUCCCAUUAACAUCCAUUGUAAUGGACUUAUUUUUCUUUUAAAAUAAACCUAUUACUACGGAUAUG